UUUGAGAACCGUUUCUGCAUCACAGUUGUGCUACUCAGAACUGGCCAGUGUGGAACUUGUCCUUAGCAACAACAAGUUCCUCUACGACAAGAAAAUUAACUUCAUCUUUCAUCAAUGAUUAAAUAAGCCCACUUACUGUAUAUCAGCCUAUAGCAUGAAAAACUGGAGUAAGAUAUUCAGGAGCGGAGACCCUGAGAGUGUGGAUGGGAACUACUCUUCAAAGAGGAUCUCCUCGAACAAUGGCCCAGCAGAGCUAACACCUCAGAGAACCUUUGAGGAUAACCUUUCACAUGAUGCAAACUCCACUGCCCACUCAUCCAUCACUCCUCCACAUGUACAAGGAGAGGGUGAUGGUGAGGACGAGGGGACCCUAAAGGGCAGGUUGAGAACCCUCCUCCUCCAAUCAUGGGGCAGUAUUCUCCACAAAUUGGGGAAAGGUGAUGCAGACUCUGAUCUGAGCUUCAAUGGGGUUAAGAUUGUGCCCAAUGGGUCCAGGGUGAGUCCACCUGUCAGCCCAAUAAUAGAGAGGAGGUACUGGGACACUCAGGACUCACUGGGGACCUCCAGCAAGAGUUCCCGUAGGCCCUUGUUGAGGGACAGUCCCAUAGACAACGACCAACUACAUUAUCUUCCAGAGGAAUCAGAGUUGACCAGUAUCCAUCCAGCUGAGUACUAUGCGGAGAAAGUGGAAGUCUACAAACUUAAGUACUCCUAUAUGAAAUCCUGGCCUGGGUUACUAAGACUCCUGGCUGGGUUUGAACUUCUCUUUGGGGGUAUGGUCCUUGCCUGUGUCUGUGCCUACAUCUAUAAGGACAGUGAGUGGUCGAACGCCUAUGGACUGUAUAACAAUAGUCAUGGCACGUCGGGGAACUCCUAUAAUGGACCCAUGACUCCAUUCGUGAUGGCGGUGGUUGGGUUGACGUGGAUUGUAACCAUCCUCCUACUGGUGAUAGGGCUGACCAUGUACUACCGUACCAUUCUCCUGGACUCACCCUGGUGGCCGCUCACAGAAGGCAUCAUCAACAUCGCCCUGUUCCUCCUCUACAUGGCGGCUGGUAUCGUGUACCUGAAUGACCUCAAACGUGGGGGGUUGUGUUACAUGACCAUUGGCAUUAACCCCAUGAUGUCCAGCCUGUGUCGGGUUGACGGAGGACAGAUGGCUGGCACGGCUUUCAUCUUCAUCAACAUGCUGAUGUACCUCAUCAGCUUCCUGGUGUGUCUGAAAAUGUGGAGGCAUGAGGCCACCCGCAGGGAGAUGGAGUUCUUCGAGAGCCAGGAGCAUCUGAGGUCCAUCUCUGUUGCCCAGACCAAACCUCCUCAUCCCCAGACCAAGAGGAUUGUGUUUAAGGAUGAGAUGGACAGCUCAGUAAGGGCGACCAAACGCCUGCACAUCACAGAUUUCCAUCAGGAGGAGCCAGGCAGCCGGAACAGAGCCAACCCCACAGGGUAUCCCGAGAAGCCCAGAGUCGUCGCAGACUAUAUAAUUAAAUAUCCAGAAAUCUUCUCUAUGGAAGAAAGGGAAAAAUACAAAGCUGUUUUUAAUGACCAGUAUCAGGAGUACAAGGACCUUCACAAAGACAUCAGUACCACCUUCAUGAAGUUCAGAGAGCUGGAUGCCAUGAUGGGCCAACUCCUCAAAGAUGGCAAUAGUCAUGAGGAGCAGAAGAGAAUCCAGCGGAUUUUGAAGAAGUAUGAGCAAAACAAAAGUAACCCUGCCUUCCUGGAGAAGAAGGGACGCUGUGACUAUCUGAAAGCUAAAUUAGGCCACAUCAAGAACAGGAUCCGCAAUUUCGACCAAGACAGCUUGGCAAAGGGUCGGACAAUCAUGUAUGAACCGCGGCACUAUGACAACCCACCCAUCUAUAGUCCUCCCUACACUGCUACCUCCAAUGGAUUCUACACCCACAGAAGUGUGCACUCCCCAAGGAGCAACUUUGACCCCUACCCUCCUCCCCCUGACUCAUUCUAUAUGGAAGAUAGGCCUCAACACUUCUACAAAUGGUUCUCUGCUCCUGGGCUUGUCAAAACAAUGGAAGGAGCAACAGUCAUCUUGUGUUUCCUCAUUUUUGCCUGUGUAGCCUCCACGUUGGUCUGGGACAUGCACGGAGCAGGAAUAGGAAUGGGGGGCUAUGGAACAGGGUCUAUGGGGAUUGGCAGUGGCACUGGUGGCUAUUACGGAGGCAGCUAUGGCUAUUCCAGCUCCUACAUGACCCCGUAUUCGGCCAAGUCAGCCAUGAUAUCCAUGGCAGCCAUUAACUUCCUGGUUUCUCUGGGAUUCCUUGUGGGGAGUUUUUCUCGGUCGCCUGCUAUGCGUGGUCGGAGGUUUUACCUGACAGUGUUAGUCUGUGACGUUGUCCUGGCGGUGCUGCAGGGCAUCAUUGACAUUGUGUUUGUGAUCGGUGUCAACCCCAUGUCGCAGAGCUCUCAGAGCAUGCUCUAUAACCCCAUGCUUAUGAUGUGCCAGAACAUGCAGGGAAGCCCCAGUCUGAGUGGGAGUGUGGGAGUGGGGUUCCCUGGGGGUUUCCCCAUGUACAACCAGUAUCUCCAACACUACUGCUACAUGGACCCUGAAGAGGCUGUGGCGUUGGUGCUUGGGUUCUUGGUAGUGGUGGCACUGUGUGUAGCUGUUUACUAUGCCUACAAAACCCGCAGUAAGAUCUGGCGCCACGGCAAACCCAACAUUAUCUGGGACCGACCUCUGCUCAGACCACCUGAACGAAAUGAUGUACAGGACUGGGUGGACUAUGUUGCAGAGGGGCAGAGCACUCAGCGGGCCCCUACUGUGAUCUUAUCGGAGAAGACCGCCCCUGACCUCAGGACAGAGAACAGUGUUGUCUCAGACGGAGCCGGAACAGUCAGCAUCUACAGUGAGGAGACCUACAAUGGCAAUGUUUACUAUGACAACACCAAUGGGAGUGUGCCUGAGCCCCUGUACCGGCACACCAGGGUCAGCUCCAGCCCCUCUGUGGAGGCAGAGAGCCUGAAGAAGUACCCCAUUCACAGGGAAAGGGAGCGGGAUCCUACCCCCCCUUCCCAGGAGGAGACCCAGUGUGAGACCGGCUACACCACUGGUGGGGAUACUGGUAAUGAAUUGGACCAAGACCAAAGUGACCACAUGCAUAGCAUGUACCCUGAGAUAACAUCAGACAGGCAACGACGACAGUAUAAGAAAGAGUUUGACUCCAACCUGGCGAGCUACAAAAGCCUGUGUGCCGAGAUGGAUGACAUCAGUGAACAGAUGCACAAGCUGAGCCGAGAGCUGGAUACCCUGGAGGAGGGGACUGCAAAGCACCAGGGAGUGGCUGAUGAAUACAACCUUCUCAAGGGCCUGAAGCGGACAGCAGACUAUCAAGCCAAGAAGCAGCGAAGCAAAGACCUGAGACAGAACCUAUUCCACAUCAAGCGCCUAGUGAAGAACUAUGACAAUGGCCUUUGUUGAAGCAGCCUGGGUCUGCUGUACCAUCCACAACUACUCCAUACAGCAGACUACAUAGUAGCAGUCCAGCAGGACUCCACAAAAGACUGAACUUUGACUGAUCCCGCUUCACACAGGUUUAAAAGGCAACAGUUGAAUGGUUCUUUCUCGGGAAAAUGACUUACAAUAAGUAGAUUAUGAGGUUGAAACAACCACAUUGAACAUGUAUGUUAAGGGAAACCUUUGACUUGAGGUGAAGGUUUGUUGUAAGGGCAUGAUUGAGACAUUUUCGUGAUUCAUUCUGUUACAUUUUUACUAUGGAUUCUUAUGCUUUGUAAGAGAUGCAAUAUUCCUGAGUCAUUUUUGUCUGUUUUGUUGUUUUAUAAAUGUUGUACUGAUCUGUUCUUGUCUCCUUUGUCUGCUCUGUGUAACAUUGCAAAAGUAUGUUUUCACCGAUUACUAACUACAAAAGUGUGCAUUCUAAUAUCCUAUCUUUAAUGAAGAAUAACAACUUACAUAUUUUAUAAUGAAAUAUACAAUUAUUGUAGAAUAUUAUGUCUUGCAAUGUGAUCAUGCAGUACAUUAAUUCCAGACAUUUCUUUAAAAUGUUUACAAUAGUUUUUCUUUGAAGAGAGUCUGAUGCAAAUUCAACAGGUUUGUUGAUCAAUUAGUCUUCCCAUGGUUUAUACAUUGUUUUCAGACAAUAAAUGUAAUGCAUUGUAUUACAUCUCUUAAAGGUGUACUUUACAGUAGUAAUUUCUGAGUACAAAGAUAUUGCCCAGAUCGAACUGACAUUCUUAUGGAUGUAACUGACUCGGGAAAGAAGCCACAGACUCACCAUGUCAUUUUGGCCUUUUAAUAAUGCUUUCAUACACAAACAAUUCCAAAUCUAAAGAACUCAGCAACAACAGUAAAAUAUAGUAAAACAUUAAUAAUAGUACUUGUAUCUUUUGUCAUGUUUCUGGGUGAAAUGGUGGUUGAGUGAGUCAGUGGGUGAGGAUAUGCCACAUCAUUUUGAAAGGCAUGAGGUAAUUCCUAGUCACCGAUAGGCUAUUGGACCUAUUCUCAGUCUCUCACAGGUAGUGUGAUGUUUUGGGAUCGUAGCCUCCAAGCGCAGUCCCAUUGCCAUACAGCCAUGACAAAGUCCCAUAUUACCUAAGUGUUUUAAAGUUAGCUCCUAGGAUGCAUUGCUUUGUGUUGGGAACAGAAUUGGCUCAGGAGUAGCCUCUUGUUCUGCACCAGUGUCAUCUUCACCGCCAUGGAUACACGUCUUUUUUAACACAUCUCAAGGGAUGGUAGAGGUAUUUUUACAUGAAAUAUUAAGGUUAAAAAAAAACAAAAAAAAAACUUUGAACUCAUCAUUAAAAAAAAUAACUUUACUCUCCAAUCCCAUUUGGUAGAGAUGAAACACCUCUUAAAACGUUUAACAGAGCAGAAACAACAUUGUGACAUGCAGCAAGACAACAUGGCCUCUAAAAAUGAUACCAUCAACACCAUUUAAGCCUUUGGUUCCCUACAUUUACAAUAUGUACACUUCGUAUAGCUUGUAAAAUAGGUUUUGAUGUGAUUUAUUUUUAAAGUACCAACAGCAUUUGCUCUUUGUUUUCAGUAUGGUCAUAGGUCAUAGGUGAACCAUUUGGCCACAACCUUUUUAAUUACAUACUUUUUUGUUUCAACAAUCAGCCUGUCACUCAUAUCAGCUGCAUUCGUCAUCUGUUGUAGUUAAAAUAU